UUCGCCGGACGUGGUAGGUUAAACUUCGGAAAAGCGCGCGCGCCCCAACGAACGUUUCGAAGCGUUUUCGAGCAGCACUCUGAGCCGUGAACAUCUGGCUAUAUUUUUAUGAAACAUACCAUCAGUUAGUUAUCCUAUCAGCAUGACACGAAAUGGAAAAGCUAGAACCCUCCUCCAGUCGUGUUUAAAAUUAGAGUAAAAGUUGCCUUCGCCCGGUGUCACGGUCGAGUGAGAAAAAAGUCAGCUAAGGUUACAACCGCUUUUAUGCACUCGGGCGACAUCCGCAUGUGUGGACUGACUGUUGUUAUUUUCGUUGUUGUGUUUCAUUGAGUGUUUUUGAAAAAGUCCGGCCGGGGAAAGGGAAGUGAUUUUAAUUUCAAAGAGUUCAGCUUUUGCAUGCUCGAAGCUGCUGUGCCCAGUGUUGUAUGUUUUCAUUUUACAAUUGUGACUGUGCGCUGUACUAUUUGUUCAACCCGAAAGUAUAAGCAACGCUAUUACAAGUGGAUGAUGAUGAUGAUGAUUCACCGAAAAAAUGCCAGCUGAAUGUUACAAUAAUACCUUUGGAUAUAUGUAAUAUAUGUUGAUUUAUGCAAACGGCUCCAGAUAGAAAGGAAGAGGAAAAAAACCCUACAAUUCUCAAACAAUAAUCGAACAUGGAGGAGAAGGAAAGGGGAAUUCGCUUGGCAGUUCAAACCGCAGCUAUACGAAAUGUUAUUUUGGAACACCGGAAAGCUUCGUCCUACACAUUUCGAAAAGUACGAUUAAAACCGGCUACAAAGUUCAUCCUGCUGAUGCUAAGUCUGAUGGAGCUUAUUGAUGUAGCACUUGCCAAUCGGCCUCCACGUUUUCUGAUUGACGGCCAUUCGGAAAUAGUUCUAAGGUUGAAAGAAGGUCCGGACACUCCGGUGGGGUCACUAAUAUACAAACUAAAAGCUUACGACCCUGACGGUGAUCCACUGACAUUCGGGGUUCGCGCAUCGACUGAUAGCGAUGUGAUUCGGGUCGAACGAUCCGGAGCUAGUGAGGCCAAUAUUUAUUUGAAUAAGGAGCUCGAUAGGGAAACGAAAGAUGAAUACUCUUUCAUACUUACGUUGAGUGACGGAAGAUUAGGGGAUUUCGCAAUCACGCAGAGUCUCCUGUUGCUAGUGGAAGAUGUCAACGAUAACGAACCAGUUUUCAAGCAGUUUACUUCAGCUGUUGAAAUCCCCGAAGACAGUGCACCCGGCAUUAUUGCAACCUUAGAAGCGACUGAUCGAGAUGAGGGCACUUACGGACAGGUGGUAUACUUUCUGGAGGAACUUGACGGCGAUAACGACAUUUUCACCGUUUCGACCACCUAUGGGAAAGGAAUCAUUCGGCUUGUUGGAUCCUUGGAUUAUGAAAGGAAGAAUGUGUAUCAGCUACGAAUUUUGGCUCGCGAUAGAGCCAGUCAGGGAAAAAUAAACACAGGAACAGCAGCUUUGCUGGUGAAAAUCAACGAUGUUGAAGAUCAACCUCCGGAAUUCGUUUCUGCACCCGCAGUUGUUAGGAUUCCGGAACUAUCACCUAUAGGAACAACCGUGGCGCAAGUGAAAGCGAUCGAUGGAGACAGGGGAAUUAAUAAUCGUAUACGUUAUUCCAUUCGAAGCAAACAAAGUGUAAUCCCUUUUGAGAUCGAUGAAAAAACUGGGAAAAUCACGACUACAACAAAACUUGACCGAGAAGAUUCAAGUAAUCUGGCGAAUGCUGCCUAUAUUCUUGAGGUGUUUGCAACGGAAGUAUCGAAGUUGAAGCCGGCACCUUCUGUCAGUACGGAGAUAACUAUUAUUGUAACAGAUGUUAACGAUGAAACACCAACGUUUCGCAGUACAUCGUAUGAGGUGGAGAUCAACGAAAAUGCUCAACAGAAUACUCCAGUAUCGUUUCUAGGCUUCACCAGAAAUGAGGUUUUUGAUUAUGACCAAGGUAACAAUGGUACUUUUGAUUUGUACCUGGAACCCGAUAACGGUGUCUUUGAGAUUUCACCGAGUCGUGCUGUGAACGAGGCUACUUUUGUGCUUCGUGUUAAGGAUCCAUUUUUGUUGGAUUAUGAGAAGAUUAAAUCUAUGAAUUUUACCAUUCAUGCGAGAGAAAUAGCUACUGAAGGAAAGCAUAGCAGUGCUUCGAUUAUGGUACACAUUCGUGACCAGAACGAUAAUUUUCCUGAGUUUACCAAAAAUAUGUACGAAUGUUUCCUGCUCGAAAAUAGUGGAGCAGGAACACUUGUAACACAAAUUUAUGCAACGGAUGAUGAUUCCGAUGUAUUUGGUUCAUCUGGUAUCAGAUAUGUUCAAUUGUCAGGUAGCAUCGCACAUCUAUUGCAGUUGAAUUUUCUCACUGGCGUUAUAACUAUCAAAGAAGAUGGUGGAGAUGUAUUCGAUCGAGAACAUAUCCAGAGGCAUUAUGUGACCAUUGAGGCACGUGAUAAUCUAGGCAAAGGAAAUCGCAAUACAGUUCAACUAGUUAUCCAUAUAGUGGAUGUUAAUGACAAUCGACCUAUUUUCGUACAAAAUUCAUACGAAGUACGUUUGAUGGAAAACAAGCAAACAUUCGAAACACCUGUUAUACUAGAAGCCAGAGAUUCUGACCUCAAUGGCACUGAAAACAGCGAAAUAAGUUACGAAAUCAUUGAAGGGCAGUUCAAGGAUAACUUCACAAUCGAUAGCAAAACGGGAAAGUUGGAAAUAAAAUCAUUCAUCGAUUUUGAGUUGCUCACAAGUGGAGUAACUUUCAACAUUAGAAAAAUUUAUCUAACGGUAAUGGCUUCUGAUAAUGGUAAACCUAGAUUGAGUUCCGAGGCCACGGUUAUAGUUCACGUACAGGAUGUCAACGACCAUGCUCCACAAUUCUUCAAAUCCGAAUAUUCUCGAACGGUGCCUGAAAAUCUUGCCAGUGGAACAUCUGUUUUGGAAGUCAAAGCAGUGGAUAACGAUGGUUCGUCCCCAAACAACUUCGUAGUAUACAGAAUUUUGAGUGGUGCAAGUGACAAAUUUGUCAUAAGUCCUGACACGGGACUCAUUUCAGUAGCCACCGGAGCAUCCCUAGAUCCCGAUAUGACUGAUCCCAGAACAACGGAAUAUAACUUGAAAGUUCUGGCCUUGGAUGGGGGAAUCGGAGAACACCAGUUGCAAAGCUAUUGUACCGUUAAUAUUUCCAUAAAAGAUGUGAACAACAAAUCACCUCACUUUUUGGAGCCAGGAACGAUAUCGAUUCGUGAAAAUACCCCUGUGGGCACCUACGCGUAUAGACUUAUUGCGAAUGAUCCCGAUCGGGAUCCAAUUCUCCGUUACUACAUGGACGGCAAUAUCUCAGAAGCGCGAACCGAAGAAGGAGUGCUGGUUAAGCUCAGUGAAUACGAUUACAUGUCAGCUUUUAUGCUGAACUCCACCGAUGGACUGAUAAGAGUUGUAAAGCUGUUGGACCGCGAAAAAAUGGAAAUUAUCAAGUUAGGAUUCAUUGUCGAGGACAUUGCAUCGGAAAACGGCAUUCAAACGGCUACAACUACACUGACAAUUGUGAUUGAGGAUGAGAACGACAAUAAUCCUAAGUUCAAAAAUUCAUUCUAUAAGCGUUCUAUUCCAGAGAAUAGCCCACAUGGAGUACCAAUUAUGAGCAUACUCGCGUAUGAUAUCGACAAAAACAAGACAAUCCGAUACAGUUUGGAGGGUCCAAAGGAUGUUACUAACCUGCUUCAUCUGGAUGCUGAAACUGGGGAAAUUGUAGUAGCUAGUAGGAUCGACUAUGAGCAGUUUCGUUGGCUUAAUUUCACAGUUCGGGCCACGGACUCUGGAUUUCCCCCUCGUUCCGCACUUACAGAGGUGUUCAUACAAGUGAUCGAUGAGAACGACAACAAUCCAUACUUUGUUUCGGAUUCAACCAAUUUUACCGUUUACGAAAACUCACCUUUAGGAUCUCGAGUAGCUACAAUCCCAGCAAAGGAUCCUGAUUCCGGAGCAUUCGGAAAAAUUACCUACCUCAUCGAUAGGAUUAGCUCUAACGGUAAAUUUUCAAUUGAUCCUGAAGGCGGAAAUUUGAUUGUCGCUGAUUAUAUAGACCGAGAAUCGAAAGUAUCUUACAUGCUCGUAAUCGAAGCAUGGGAUAAUUAUCAGUUUGGCUAUAUCAGCGGAGAAAGUCGAAACGCUUUCAAGCAAAUAUUUAUAACAGUUUUGGAUGAAAAUGACAACACUCCAGUUGUACAAGCUCCUGAAGGAUGCGUCCAGAUUACCGAGUUUUAUGAUAUAAGGGAGCCGCUGACUAUGCUCAAAGCAAGUGACGCUGAUGAUCCCGAAACAGGAAACGGCUUGAUCGAGUUUAAAAUUAUCGAAACCACUGGUGUAGACCUUUUUUUCUUAAAACAAAAAGAAAAUGGAGUCGCUGAAAUAUAUGCAAGCCGAUCAUUGAAUAAUCUUUAUGGAAACUAUUCGCUACUGAUAAUGGUCAGCGACAAAGGACAACCGAAAAAUUCCGUUAAUCAAAAGGUGGAUAUAUGCGUGUUGGACUUUAAUGAUCAUGCUCCAGAAUUUAUUUCUCCACCAAAUAACAUUACAAUAAGAAUCCCUGAGAACGCCACCGUUGGAACGAACAUUGUUCAAGUCAUUGCUAAGGACUACGACAUUGGUCCAAAUGCCGCAGUACGAUAUCGCUUCAAGGCAGAUCCGUUAGGCAAUUAUAAAUCGUUUUUGGUGGAUGAAUUCUCAGGAAUCAUUUCGCUAAAGUUACCUCUCGAUAGGGAACGGCAAAAGAUUCACGAGUUGCGCGUUGAAGCAUACGACCAGGGCAUUCCUACGCCUCUGAGUUCCGAUCUUGAUCUCAUCAUUUAUGUGCGUAAUGUCAAUGACUACGAGCCACAAUUUUUAAUCGAGGAAAUAACGGUCAACUUUACCGAACAUACCGAUCCGGGCCGGGAACGCAAGAAGUUGCCGGAUACUAUCGAUCGCGAUGAAGUCGAUGAACUGGAUGAUCCUCCUACAUCGGUGUGCUAUUUCAUCGUGUACGGGAAUGAAAACAAUCAAUUCCAUCUCGACAUGCAUACUCAUAUAUUAACGGUUUCAAAGGAACUGGAUCGGGAAAAGAGAUCAAACUAUACGCUGAUUGUUAAAGCCACGGAGGAUUGCAUAAACGCCCCGCAGAAUAUAUCCUUCAGUCGACCGGAAGCUGCCUUUUUCAGCGUGACACCAUCCGACGACACACAUCAAAGAACGACGACGGUGGCAAACCAACAAUAUGCUGCCGGUUUCUACGAGCAUCAGCAGCAACAUCGCUACAAGAAACCGCAGCGCCGUAGUCUUGGCGAAAAACAGGAUGUAGGAAAUAGGUUCGAGGGUCGCGGCAAAAAUCUCAGCCAUAGUGUCAGCGUAUUGUUACCAGCCAUCACCGGAGAUAUGCCGCCGCACUUUGAAAGAUUCACUGGAGAUAUCUUCUAUCACGACGAUAAUACAUUGGUACGAGUUAUCGUUUACGUUCAGGAUAUCAAUGAUAAUCCGCCUGUGUUUGUGCAAAAAAUCUUCACCGGAGGAAUCACCACGUCUGCUUUAUUUGGAACUCAAUUUAUGAUGUUAACGGCAAUAGACCGAGAUGCUGGCGAGAACAGUCAGGUGUCAUAUUACCAAAUCGGUGAAAUCAAGCGUACGCUAACGGAAGGAUUGGAUUAUCUGCACCGGGCGCCAUUUUUGGUCGACCGCAAAACUGGAGCGGUUCAGCUAAAUUUUGACCCUCAAAAGGGUAUGAAAGGAUAUUUUGAUUUCAAAGUACUAGCCAAUGACAGCGCUGGACUGGCAGAUGAAGCGCACGUUUUCAUCUAUCUGCUGCGGGAAGAUCAAAGGGUUAAAUUUGUGCUACGGCUGCAGCCUCCCGAAGUCAGGGAGAAAAUCAACAUCUUCCGAGAUGUUCUAAGCAACGUGAGUAAUUGCAUCGUAAACGUGGACGAUUUCCGCGUGCACGAGAAUCGAGACGGUUCGGUUGAUAAGACCAAAACUGACCUGUAUCUGCACCUGGUCAACCGGAAGGAUAAUUCUAUUCUCGAAGUGUCGGACGUUUUGAAGAUGGUGGAUCUGAACAUCGAACAGUUGGACGAAUUAUUUAAGGAAUUCAAUGUGCUGGACACUCAAGCAUCCGAGACGUCAUUCUUCGCCGCAGAACUGGCGGGCGGCCCCGUGCUGACAUGGUUGAUGGUUUCCAAUCUGUUCGUAGGGGCGUUACUAAUUGUUGUACUGGGACUGUGCGCUUCCCAACGGUCCAGCUAUAGGCGACAACUGAGGGCGGCUCGUGUUGCCAAUUACGCUGCGGCACAUUCGGAUCUGGUGGCGCGGGGAGUGUUGAAUUCCGUCCCCAACACCAAUAAACACAGCAUCGAGGGCAGCAAUCCGAUUUGGAUGAAAUCAUGCAAGAACGACUGGUACAAAAACGACGAAGAGCUUACCAAAAAUAUAUCCGGGCCGGAAUCGAUUGAUGAGAAUGUAAUCAACACUGAUGAAUAUUUCACCAAGAACUACAACAAUGACAGAUUCGACAUUGUCAAGCAGUACAAUUUGUAUUCUCAGCUCGACAAACUCACGAACGGCAACAUACUCGCCAAAAAAUUAGAAACUACAGAGCUUUAAUAAAACACUUUCUACAGGAAAACA